AUGUUUCACCGUGUACUUAUCCGCAAAGAGGAUCAAACAGCUCAGCGUUUUUUAUGGCGAUCAGGUGACAGUACUACUAAGCCAGAUGUAUAUGUAAUGCAGGCAAUGAUUUUUGGAUCUGCUAGUUCACCGUGUUCCGCGCAAUAUGUAAAAAACUUAAAUGCAAAGCGAUUUGAAAAAACGGAUGCCAGAGCCUAUAAAGCAAUUGUAGACUGCCACUAUGUUGACGACUAUGUUGAUAGUUUCGACACAAUUGAUGAGGCUAUUUCCGUCACUAGAUGUGUAAUAAAUAUUCACCAAAAAGCCAAUUUUGAGAUAAGAGGAUUUGUCUCUAAUUCACUUGAGUUUUGUCGUUCUAUAGAAGGACCAGAUUAUGUUAACGAAUUGGAAUUAAAGAACCUCAGUAAAGGUGAAUCGAUGACAGAAAAAGAAAUAAAUGAGUAUAACGUACUGAAAGCUGGCAAACCUAUAUCCAAAAAGAGCAGUAUAUAUAAUUUGAACCCGUGUAUUAAAGAUGAUGGUUUAUUGCGAAUUUCAGGUCGUAUUAGUAAAGCGACAUGUGUUGGUCUAUCCACUAGAGAGCCCAUUAUUAUGCCCAAGAAUCAUUUGAUCACCAGAUUAAUAGUAAGACAAUUUCAUGAUAAUUUUGUACACCAAAAUCAGGAGGCUAUUUGUGCUGCAAUUCGUAGCAAGUUUUGGAUUCCCAGUUUAAGGCAAUUAGUCAGAAAUGUCAAGAAAAACUGCCAGGAGUGUAAAAAUAGAUCUGCAGCCCCCAAACAUCCAUUAAUGGGUCAAUUGCCGGUAGAUCGUCUAACCCCGUUUGUUAGGCCUUUCACAUACACGGGAAUUGACUACCUCGGCCCGUAUACGGUGUCCAUAGGCAGAAGAUGUGAAAAAAGAAGAGGCAUUCCGAUAAGAAUAAGAAGCGAUAGAGGUACCAAUUUCGUUGGAGCCAGUAAAGAAGACUUCGUGAAAAUUGAAACGGAGUUGGGUGAUGAGUGUACGCGUCGAGGCAUUGAAUGGGUAUUUAAUACCCCGGCUGAUCCCUCAGCAGGUGGUGUCUGGGAAAGGAUGGUCCGCUCAGUGAAGAAUGUGUUGUCGUUCACUCUAAAGGAAAAAUCGCCACAACUUGAUACAUUGAAUAGCCUAUUAAUUGAGGCUGAAAAUCUAGUGAACUCACGUCCAUUGACGCAUCUACCUAUUGACAGCUCAGAUAGUGAACCGCUUACGCCGAAUCAUUUUUUGAUCGGAUCUCCUAACAUUGUGCAAACCCCUGCAGUGGACGAGAAGGUUUGUCUCCGGAAGCAGUGGCAAAUUUUACAGCAGCUUAAACAGACAUUCUGGAAGAGAUGGGUUCUGGAAUAUUUACCCGAUUUAACAAGGCGUACAAAAUGGUAUCAACCAGUAAAACCAUUGCAAGUAGGCGAUGUUGUGAUUAUAUGCGAUGAGACCGAGGAACGUGGCAAAUGGAAGCGUGGCGUGAUAGAGGAAGUCAGUACAGCGGCUGAUGGGCAAGUUCGAUCAGCGAUGGUUAAAACUUCAAAUGGAAGAUUACGACGUCCUGCUUCAAAACUAGCCGUGCUCGAUGUG